CGGGCGGCCCGGGGCAUUGGCGCCCUUUUCUCCGGCGCCGCCCGGGAACUACAGACGGCGGCGGUCGGUGCCUGCCGCAAGAAUGGCGGCUCCCUUGGUGCUGGUGGUCCUGGUGGCCGUGACGGUCCGGGCCGUGCUCUACCGCUCCACCCUCGCUGCUUUCAUCUCCGAGCGCGUGGAGGUGGCGUCCCCGUUAAACGCCUGGAAGCGAGUGGUCGAAGGAUUAGCUCUGCUGGAUUUAGGGGUCUCGCCAUAUUCUGGAGCUAUUUUUCACGAGACCCCGCUGAUAAUAUAUCUCUUCCACUUCCUGAUUGAAUAUGCUGAACUGGUGUUUAUGAUAACUGAUGUGCUAACUGCUGUUGCCCUUUACUUGGCCAUUCAGGACUUCAACAAAGUUGUGUUCAAAAAGCAAAAGCUCCUGAUAGAACUGGAUAAAUAUGCACCCGAUGUGGCUGAACUCAUCAGGACGCCCAUGGAAAUGCACUACAUCCCCCUCAAGGUAGCACUAUUCUAUCUGUUAAACCCCUACACUGUGAUGUCUUGUGUGGCAAAGUCCACCUGUGCCAUCAACAAUACUGUCAUUGCGUUCUUCAUUUUAGCUACGAUAAAAGGUAGCGCAUUCCUCAGUGCUGUGUUUCUGGCCUUAGCAACAUACCAGUCACUCUACCCUCUCACAUUGUUUGCUCCAGCACUCCUUUACCUUCUACAGCGUCAGUUCAUACCAAUAAAACUGAAAAGUAAAAGCUUCUGGCUCUACACCAUGCAGUAUGCAGCCCUGUACCUGUGCAGCCUGGUGGUGAUCAUCUGCCUCUCCUUCUUCCUCCUCAACUCCUGGGAUUUUAUCCCAUCUGUUUAUGGGUUUAUCCUUUCUGUUCCAGAUCUGACACCCAAUAUUGGCCUUUUCUGGUACUUCUUUGCAGAGAUGUUUGAACACUUCAGUCUUUUCUUCGUAUGCGUGUUUCAAAUCAAUGUGUUCUUCUACACCAUUCCCUUGGCAAUAAAGCUAAAGGAACACCCUGUGUUCUUCAUGUUUGUCCAGAUCGCAAUCAUUUCUAUCUUCAAGUCCUAUCCCACUGUGGGAGACAUUGCACUGUACAUGGCCUUCCUUCCAGUCUGGAACCACCUUUACAGAUUCCUCCGGAACAUCUUCAUCCUGUCAUGUGUGCUCAUUGUCUGCUCUCUCCUGUUCCCUGUUCUGUGGCAUCUAUGGAUUUAUGCAGGAAGUGCCAACUCCAAUUUUUAUUACGCCAUCACGUUGACUUUCAACAUAGGGCAGAUCCUGCUCAUCUCAGAUUAUUUCUAUGCCUUCCUCCGGCGGGAGUACUACCUCACUCACGGACUCCAUUUGACAAGGCAAGAUGGGACAGAGGCCAUGCUUGUAUUGAAAUAAGGAUUGUGCCCACCAUUCCCUGGGACAUGAACCACUCUAAGGAACACGCAAAGCUUGGGGUAUGUGGGGUGAGUGGUGAAGGUUCCCUGAAUGUGGUGUGACUUUGGGUAUGAUACCUGCUGAAAGAAAGGACUGCGGUGGUUCUGGGAAUACCCUCCUGAGCUGUGGGCUCAGUGCAGAGACUGUAAGAGCUACAAGUACGAGCUGCAGUGCCUCCGUUGGACCAUCUCCCUCCCCUCAGCUGUGCUUUUCACUGCGACCUCAGCCAUCAGCUCUGCGCAGUCCAGCAGGAACUGGAGAAAGUGUCUGAGCUAAAACCAGGGCUGAUUCUCUGGCCCAGAAAGAGCUCAGACCAUUACCUGUUUACUUUCCUAUCACUGCUUGUUGGAGAUGUUUGCACCUCCUGGAAAUAUCCCCUUCACUGCUUUGACCAGUAUGCUCCUGCUUGGCACAAGGUGAUCUCUGGGUGCCUGGUGCCUAAGCCCUGGCUGCAGAUGCCAUUUCUUGGUUCUCCUAAUGUUGCAGGAUCUGGAAAAAUCACAUGUGCUCAGGCACAGUGGGUGCUUGUGAAACAAACGAAUGCCCUGUUGGCAGAGGGACAGCUGAAGCUGCUGCCACAGGUAAUAAUGUUAGCGCUCAAACACUGGUAAGAACUGGAACUGGGGAGAAAGCAGGAGCAGGGUGGGUCCUGGGUAACUGCUGUUGAAGCAACACAGACGCUUUCAUGUCAGGAGCUGCACAGAGGCAUUACAGGGUCUCAGAAGAAGGAAUGCUACUGUGAACAUCAACUCCUGCUGCUCCUUGUUUCUGUAGGGUAGCAAAGCUUGGCAAUGCAGGGCUCACACUAUACCAUUGUGGUCACCUGGGGCAGCAGCCUGGACGCAGAAUGAGCAAGCUGCCCCCUGGGCUAGGGACCAGGGCGUGUCAAAAUCUCCCCUUCAAGACCCCAGACCAAAUCUAGGAGCCUCAGCGACUGCCAUUGCGGAGUUGUCAGGCUCCAGGUGUUCCACAGCUGUUUAACGCUACAGGAUAUGUACUUCCCUGUGUUACCCUCUUGCAAGUGCGGUGAUGGUAUCUUGUGGCUGUGUGCGGAGGACUCCCUUAAAGCACUACCCCUUGGUUGCCCCGCGGCUCUCCUCGGUGCUCAGACCUGCUCACUUCAGAGCUGCUGCCGCUGCUGACCCCACACAUGUGACCCCCCGGGGAGAAUCCAUCACACUGGCUCCUUGCUCUGCUGGUUGCAUGGUGGCACUGAGAAGUGUCCGCAGCGUCAAAGGCUUCUUGCUGGUGUUGGGGCAGCCAGCUUCCCCACUGAUCCCAAGAAAAAUCCAAAGGGCUGGGAAAGUGACAUCAAACCCAACCUGCACCUGGUACAGAGCGACUGAGAGACUGAGGAUCCCAGGCAGUUCUGUAAACAGCUCUUCUUUCUGGACAAUUAAAACGUUUGCCUUACUGCACUGCUAUUAGCGCUUUGGUGGGGGGUUGUUAAUGCGAACACAGCUCAGCCCUCUGCGCUCCAGCCCGCCUGGGACAGGCCGUGCAGCAGCCCUGCGCCUCCGGCCGUGGCAGGAACACACGGAGCAGGGCUGCUCUGGGCUGCUGGCCGUGUGGCAUGUCAAGGAGCAUAAUAAACUGCAAGUUUUAAACA